UGUUAAAGGCUGUAUUUUUAGAGCUGUUUUAGGUUCACAGCAAAAUCGAGAGACAAUUGUGCAGAUUUCUCACAUCCUCCCGCCCCCACUCAUGUGCAGCAUCUGUCACUAUCAAUACCUGCCCCGAUUGAUUUGUUAAAACCGAUGAACCUAUGCGGGCACAUCAUUAGCACCCAAGAUGGGAGUUUACAUGAGGGUUCACUCUUGCUUCUGUACAUUCUAUGGGUCUGGAUAAAUAUAUAUGACCUGGAUGCAGUGGUAUAGUGUUCGUUAUACAGAGUAGUUUCACUGCCCUAAAAAUCCUCUGUGUUCUGCCUAUUAAUCCUUCCCUCUACUCCUGCAAUUGCUGAUCUCAUAGCGCAUCAAUAGUUUCGCCUUUUCUAGAAUGUCCUGGUGGAAUCAUAUAGUGUACCAGUAGGCAGUCUUUUCAGAUUGGCUUCUGUUAUAUAGUAAUAUGCAUUUAGAGUUUCUCCAUGCUCUUUACUGGUUUGAUACUUAUUUCUUUAUUUUACUGGAUACUAUUUCACAAGCUGCCCAUACCACAGCUUACGCAGCCAUUCAUCUACUAAAGGACAUCCUGGUUGCCUCAAAGCGUUAACGAUUAUAAAUAAAGCUGCUAUAGACAUCUGCCUGCAGGCUUUUGUGUAGAUACAUGUUUUUCCGUUCCUUUGAGUAAAUGCCAAGGAACAUUAUUGCGGGGUCGUAUGGUAAGAGCGUGGUUAGUUUUGUAAGGAACUUUCAAACUGUUCCCCAAAGUGGCUGUACCAUUUUGCAAUCCUAUUAGCCAUGUAGGAGAGUUUCUGUGGCUCCACAAUUUGGCCAACAUGUGGUGUUUCCAGUGUUCCGGAUUUGAGCCAUUCUAACAGGUGCGAACUGGCAUCCCAUUGUUUAAUGACAUUGUCUCCAGGACAUACGACGUGGAGCUUUUCAUAAGCUUGCUAGCCAUCUGUAUAUUAUCUUUAGUUAAGGUCUUUGGCUCACUUUUUAAUCAGGUUUUUGUUUCUUAUUGUUGACCUUUAAGAAUUCUUUGUAUCUUUUGGAUAACAGCCCUUUAUCAAAUGUGAAGUGCAAAUAUUUUCUCCGACUCAAUGGCUUGCCUUGUCAUUCUUUUGACAAGGUGUCUUUGGUAGAGCCAUUUUUAGUUUUAAUGAAUUCUAGUUUACCAAUUAUUUCUAAGACCUUUGCGGCAGUUUUAAUAAAUAAUAUAGUAAUCCUAUAAUGUGACACUUUAGAUUCUGUUACAUAUUUCCAUAAUACCAAAAAAAAACCCCUAUAUUUAAAUAUAAACUUUGAAUGUAAAUAACAGAAAUUACAGAAAUUGUACAUUCAGGUUAGCUUGGCGCGGCAAAUCCUGAAUCGUACAAAUUUUCUAAUAUGCUAGAUUCUAAUUUAAGUUUAGAAAGCCACUUAUUACAGUAAAUCAAAAACCCUUUGUGGAAGCAACAGAAACUUCUCAACUUGCGGUGGAUUUGAUUUAUUUUAUCAUUACUACACUAACUCUGAGAGAGGAUUUGACAACAGGAUUUUGGAACCUAGGAGCAACCUACAUCCCAGAUGAUUUUAUUUAAGCCACAAAUGGAAUUCUCUGGUCCUUUUAUAUCAUUGAGGUCUGUUUCUCAGUCAGCAGACAUCCACCACUCCUGGCACUGGAGACAAUGUUUAGAUUGUUAUCCAUUUCAGGUUUCUUUUCCUUUAUUCUCUGUCAACCUAAUUGUACAAGGUGUGCAGCUCAUAUAAUGACCCAGGUUAUCAUUAUUGUAGGAUCUAAGUUCUUGGUGGUAUUUCUAUUGUGUUGGCCCAGUAUUUCAUUUACCAGAACCAUCAGGGGAAAUUGUAAGAAAACUUGCUUUUAUAAAUCUCCUGGGUUCAAGGCAUAGUUCUCCUAACCACCUUGUAUAACAGUAACCCAACUGCAGUGAUGCUGUUCUCCGCUUUUUGUUUCAAGGGUUGAGAAGGCACAAAUGCAAAAAAGGAAGUCUUAGCUUCUAAUUCAUCAGGGCCUUGAUCAUGUUCCUUAUUAGAACAGUCUUCCUGUGGGCAUUAGGAGCUCUACACCCAACAAAAACAAGGUCUUGGGUUAAACAGGAGAUAAGGAUUAAGGAGCGCACUUGAGAUGAGCACCGGGUAUGAAAGUGUUCGAUCACGAUAUUGUACAUGUGAAACUAAUAUUACGCUAUAUGUUAACUAAGUGGAAUUUAAGUAAAAACUUUUAAAAAUGUAAAAACACACCCCCAAGAUCUGGGGGAAAGGAAGGAAUUUUCUUCAUAUGGGAGAAAUAAGGUGUAAUAAUGGGAAGGGGGGGCACUUUGUGAACCCUAACUGCAUGUUUUGAUUCACAGACCUGUCUAUUCUGUCUAGGGCACCAGCUGGUGUCACUAGUGUGCAUUCAGGAAGUCAUGUCAGCAUCCUGCCCAGCAAGUCACUUAUAGAUAAGUAACUUCUUCAGGCAUGAAUGGAUUAGCAGAUGUUCUUUUCUGCAAAAUGCCAAAUGCAAAAUUGUGUGGAAAAUCAUAACAACAAAUCAGACAUUCUGUAACUUUGUGAAUGGCGAUCCUUGCGGACAUUACAGGUGCAGAGGUCAAAUCUGCUCCUAAAAUCCGUAAUCAUUCCUACAAACACAAAGCACUAUCCAGUCCAUGAUGGAAGACGCUUAAGUAGAAGAUCUGCCAUCAGGUCAUUAGCUGGUUUCCUUUGAACUUUGUGCUCUUUGGAAUUUGCCCUUGAUAGGCUGGGCAUUCAGCAGAGGCAUUAAAAAAAAUUGGCCAUGAGAAGGGAAGAGGUUAUUAUCUGAGCAUCUAUAGCUUCCAUCCCUGCUGUCCAGCCAAUGUUACAGGUGUCCCUUUAGUAAGUUCCAGCAUGUCUGAGGAAAGACGCUGAUGGACAUGCACUUUUUCCACCCAAUUAUUGAUAAAUAAGCCAAAAGUUGAAGCCUCUAGGUAGAAUACGUAUAGCAGGACUAUAACAUGAAUUUUUAGACAAAAUAGUCCUACGGUAACUGUGAAAAUAUCAAGUAAAAUUAUCAUUGAGUCACUAGUAAAUUCAAAAGGACAAUUGUACAGGUAGCAUUAGCUCACCCCUCUCCACCACCCACCUUCUGCAUCUCCUUCUUUGCCCCGGGAGAGUGACCUGUGCAGACAACUUUGCCCCGUGGCUUCCACUUGCCUUUAGCCAAUUGAUUUGGGGGCAGGAAGGCAGAGGAAUGAGAUAGGAGUCAGGGUUCAUGGCCCUGGGCCUCCUCUCGGAGACUAGGACUGACUGUACUCCAGCCAGGGGUGCCUGCUCUACCCAACUCACCUUCCUCUAUCUUCUGCCUCACCAGUGAAGCCUUCCUGUGGAAAGUUCUAGGUUUCUGUUCUCGACUUGCUACAAUUGCCAAAGAUUUAGGAGUUAUGCACCAAAAUUUUAAACUUCAUCUCAACUUACAAAAUGAAUGUUUCCACAACUGUAUUACUCUUUUUAGAUUGGGCUUGAGGGGACUUUUUAGAGGGAUAAGAAAGUUCCAAAAGUGCAUUUGGGUGAUGGUUGCACACAUCUAUUUAUUUUCUAAAAGUCAUACAAUCAUGUAAUUACAUACCAUGUUAUGGUAUGUAAAUUAGACCUCACUGAAGCUAAGAGAAAAAAAAAAUCUGAAAUCUCUGUCCUGCCUCAUGAAUAUUGUAUAUUCUGUUCAAAUACCAGAAAAGGCCAUUGAAAAAUAUGGUUUCUUUCCUAAAUUCUCCCCACAUUUUUUUUUUUUUUUGGUAUUUAAGAUGUCUUUAGAAUGUCAAAAGUUGCCAGUAUUUUUUUCUUCAAAUUAUAUUAUUAAAUUAUUAGCAUGAUUUAUAAUCAAUCUUGUUUUAGGGUCAGGAAAUUUAACUGUUAGGUAAUUGCAAGCUAUUAUGUUAAAUCAAAUAUCACUACAUAAGGAAGUGUAAUUGAAAAUUGAUGUAUUGUAACUAAACCGAAAGGCACCUAUGUAUCAUUUAACUCGACUCUGAAAGGGGUACAAUUUCCAUUUCCCUGACUUUAUGGGAUUAUCAGGAAACAUUUUUCAAAGAACCAUAAAUGAUAUUAAAUUCAAUAUGUGGUGGACAGUUUAGAAAUUAUGUGUUAUGUAGGUCAUGAGAAAUAAACUUAAAAAAAAAAAAAAAAGAAAACAUUUCCUUUGAGGUUUUCACCGAUAGAUGAAACUGUGUACCCUUGUCUGUACCCUGAGUGAACAAUUUGAGGACUAGCUCUGAAUAGCAGCAGAUUUAUUAUUUUCUUAUUAUAUAUCAUACUUAGGAAAACAAAACGUACACAUAUACACACAUAUAUUCACCCACAUUGAAGAUGCAAGAUGAAGAAAGAUACAUGACCUUGAAUUUACAAUGGAAAAAAAGGAGUUCUAUCGAAACAUCCCAACUUAAAUUUAAAGAUUCUUCUGUGAUGUUGCCUUGGUCUAAAAUCUUACUGGGAAUAUCUGGAACCAUAAAUGGUAUUCUGGUUUUGACUUUGAUUUCCCUGUGUUUACUGGUUUCUCAGGGAGUAUUGCAAAAAUGCCAAAAAGGAAAUAAUUCAAAUCUCACCCAACACGAUGACAUUGGAAACCCAAAAAUGAAUAAUGGCACAAGAGGAAAUUUAAGUAAUAAGGAUACAAGCCACUGUGGCUCAAAAGCUACGGACCAUACAGGAUUGUGCCCAUCAGAAUGGCUCAAAUAUCAUAAAAAGUGUUAUUGGUUCUCUAAUGAGAUGAAAAGUUGGAGUGACAGUUAUAGGUAUUGUUUGGGAAGAAAAUCUCAUCUGCCAAUCAUUCAGGACCAAAUCGAAAUGGCUUUUAUACAGAAAAACCUAAAACAAUCAAACUACGUGUGGAUUGGGCUCAACUUUACAUCCCUGGAAAGGGCAUGGACCUGGGUGGAUGGUUCUCCGUUAGAUUCAAAGACAUUUGUCAUAAAAGGACCAGCUAAAGAAAAUAGCUGUGCUGCUACCAAAGAAAACAAAAUUUACUCUGAAACUUGCAGCAGUGUUUUCAAAUGGAUUUGCCAAUAUUAGAAUUAAAAAAAAAAUUAGUAGUGAACUAAUCAAUGAUGAAAGCUUUUGCCUAUUAGGUUCUAAUAUUAACCUUAAGGAGUGAGAAUUUAAAACUGAAGACAACAAAAGGUCUUCUCCAUUUUCUCUCUAUCAUCUACAUUGGUCCUAAUCUCAGAGUAACCCAUGUAAAUAAUCCAAAAUAUGCCCUUCCUAUUUUUUAUGUGAUAAUAUAAUCCAAUGUGAGUCCAUGGAUUUAUACUCAGGACUUUUAUUCAUUUUUCAUGUUAUAACAAAUGUGACCAAAUUUAUCUGCUUUUCUGUAUUUUGCUUGUUUAUGUGUAACAAUAUUCUGUGUUAAUUUCAUAUCAUUCUGAGUUGCAUUGUAGUAUGGAUUUAUAUAUGUUUUACUGCUUUGUUGGGCAUUAACUUCAUUCUCAGGUUUUGCUACUGUAAGCUAUGUUGCAAUAAACAUUCUGAAUAUCUU